UAGUUUAUAGCAAUAUAUUCAAAAAUGGUGCUUCUAUUCCCCUAAUGGAAGAAAGGACAAUUACUAAAGCAGGAGUACCACCGCCAGUAAACCAAGAGCCACCUCUUGCAUCCGUUGCUACUCCUAACGACGCUGUUGCACCACCACCUCAUGGUACUACUACUACACCUCAAGCACCCACCCUUUUCACACCACAAGAGACUGAUAUUUCAUCAAAGAAAGUUGCAAAGGGAUCUCUUGACAGAGAUAUUGCUCUUUCACAGCUUGAAAAUGACAAAAGGUCUUCUUUCAUCAAGGCACGGGAAGAUAGCAAAAAAAGCAAAGUGGAUAACAAGGCCCAAAAAAAGCUCUCUGAAGUUGCAACAUGGGAGAAGACCCAAAGAACAAAGCUUGAAGCUAAAACUGAAGAAAGCUCUUCAAAAAUAUUUUCAAGGGUGUCGGAUCAUGGAUAUGCAUUUUUGGAGGAUCCGACACAGUAUCAACUAGAGCACAAGAUAGAUGAAUAUGCAGAGAAGAUAAAAAAUGAAGUAGCAUUAAUUUGUAAGGAGGCAGAUGAGAAGAGAGCCGUGGUUGACGCAAGAAAAGGGGAAGAACUUCUGAAAGCAGAGGAGACGGCAGCCAAGUACCGCGCUACUGGUCAAACCCCUAAGAAACAGCUUCUUGGAUGCUGUGGACGUUAAUGAUGUUAUGAACUAGAUUAUGACGGGUGACUUUCAAUUUUCACUUUGUAAAUGUCAUGUUGCUGCUUUUUGGUGUGUGUUAAAUAAAUAUGCAAUUUGGUUCUCUGUUUUCUACUCUGUAUAUGAAAACUACUCAUGUUGAA